UGUCACUGUCAAAAAAAGAAUUUUGUUUGUGUGGUUUCCACUCUGAUUUAUUCUUUGUUUUCUGUUAAAAAGUCUUUCACAAGCUAUUUUUGCAUGCUUUCUUGAGUACGGUUAAUCUUUUACUCAUAAAUAAAGGUGUUUUGAAUUUCCUAUAAUAAUUCCUGGCGUGGAUAAGAGGAAAUAAUCGUCAAAAUGGUCGGGCUAGAUGCCGACAUGAACCGGGAUGACGAAUGUGAUAAUAUUGGUCUCGGGUGUGCUCUAGAGCACUUUUCCGAAGUAGAAGAUGUAAUAAACAUGAUAGAUAAUCUGAAAAAUAUCUAUAAUACGCCAGCAGUAGAAGUGGAAUACGAUAAAUUGUACACUAUACUGAAACAGUAUUAUGAACAGCCCCAUCUACUUGAUCCCCACUUAGAUAAGAUUUUGGGCAAGUUUUUGGAACUGAUCAAAGAUAAAGACUCUCCGUUUGAGCUGAAACAUGCGACUUUUAACUACAUGUACCAGAUUAUAAGAGUUAGAGGAUAUAAAGUGGUGAUUAGACAUUUGCCUCAUGAGGUUUCAGACUUGCUAACAGUAUUGACAUACUUGGAGGCGCAAGAUCCAAACGACAAAGAGACUUGGCGGAGCAGAUUUGUGCUCCUGCUAUGGCUCUCUAUUGUGGUGAUCAUCCCAUUUCAUAUGAGCAGACUAGAUGGAUUUGCUCCUGGACAGCCUGAUGCAGGAACAUCCAAAAAACUUACAGUAAUGGAAAGGAUUUUUAACAUAUGCAAGACUUAUGCCCUAAGCAGAGAUUCAUGUGCUGAAGCCAGUGCUUAUUUAGCUUCUAAGUUUCUUAUAAGGUCAGAUGUAAAGGAAUUGUAUAUGGGUGCAUUUUUUGACUGGGCCUGUGAGUUGCAUUCCAAUUUGAAAGAGGAGGAGACCAUUCAUUAUGGAGUCCUGGCUGCCGUGGCAGCUGUGCUCAAACAUGGCAAGAGGGAUGAUCUUCUGCCAUUUGCAAGUAAACUACUUGAGUGGGUAACAACUCAAAACUACAAGCAACAUAAUGCUAUGCUUGUCAGAAAGUAUGGUGUCAAAAUUGUGCAAAGAAUAGGUUUAACAUUCCUGCGACCUCGCGUCGCCUCCUGGCGCUACACACGAGGCUCCCGCUCGCUGGCCGUGACGUUGGGCGGAGUGGCAGCUGCCGGCGACACUGAGCCCAUCACGGCGCCCCCUGAUGAUGACGACCAGGAUAUUCCUCAAGAGGUGGAAGACGUAGUAGAGCUCCUUCUGUGUUCCCUUCGCGACGACGACACAGUGGUCCGGUGGUCGGCGGCCAAAGGCGUGGGCCGCAUCGGCGCGCGACUACCCGCGUUGGCAGCGGCCGACGUGUGCGAGUGUGUACUAGGGUUGUUCGCGGAGAACGAGCGAGAGGCUGCCUGGCACGGUGGUUGUAUGGCACUAGCUGAGCUGGCUCGGCGCGGCCUGCUAACCCCGCAGCAAGUAGGCGCGGGAAUAUCCGCAGUAGUGGCGGCACUAGCGCGGGACGAGCCGCGGGCGUCUUGCGGCAGCGGCGGCGGAGGGCGCGCGGCGCGGGACUCCGCGUGUCACGCCGCGUGGGCCUUCGCACGGGCCUAUGACGCGCUAGCGCUAGCGCCGCAUGCGACUACGUUGGCUAAUGCGCUGAUUGCUACCGCGUGUUUUGAUAGAGAGAUAAACUGUCGCCGCGCUGCCUCAGCGGCGUACCAAGAGAACGUCGGUCGUCACGGCAUGUUCCCCCAUGGAAUAGACGUCCUAAUCACCGCUGACUUCCAGUCCGUUGGGCCCAGAAACAACGCGUACUUAGUCAUCGCACCGACAGUGGCGUCCUACCCUGAGUACACACAGCCGCUAGUGGAUCACCUGGUCGACUUGAAAGUCGAACAUUGGGACUGUGCGAUCAGAGAAAUUGCGGCGAAGGCGCUGAAUAAACUUACUUUCAAGAUUCCUGAGUAUGUGGCUACGGUAAUCUUACCAAAACUCGUCGUGAAGACUGAGUCAAUCGAUUUGAACGUACGUCACGGCGCUAUACUUGCAAUCGGGGAAGUCAUUUACGCCCUGUCGCAAGUCAAAUUGUCCGACGGCAAGACCGCAGAUUCGCUGAUAUCCCAAGACAUAUCGGAGUCCGUCCGUUCGCUUGUGACGCGGCUGCGUCAGCGGCAGCAGUUCCGAGGUCUGGGCGGCGAGCUCAUGCGCCAGGCCUGCUGCCAGUGCAUCAGCGCGCUCGCGCGAGCCGCCGCGCCCUACCACGCUUCUGCUACCAUAGACGAAUGGCUAAACUUGCUCGAAGAAUGUCUCUCACACGAGGUGCAAGCUAUACGCGAGAAGGCAAUAAUUGCGCUGCCUCUAGUGUUCGACCAGUACUUGCGUGACGACAACCUGAUGUACGGAGACAAGACUGCGAAGGAGAAGCGAAAGGAGCUGAUCGAAAAGUACUGCGAGCAGUUGAGAAGCUCUUCUGUCAAUGGUCUUGUGCUGAGGAUGGGAUUCUCUCGGGCUGUAGGUUCAUUGCCAAAAUUCGUGCUAGCCGAGCAUCAAGAACUGAUAAUACAUUCCCUUAUCGAGUGUACCAGAGUCACUGAAGGUACACAAAAGUGGGCCGAAGGUCGUCGGGACGCGGUGUCAGGUUUAACCGAUGUGUGUCAGACGCAGGGCAUAGUGGGCGGCGUGGAGAAAUACGCCGGAAAGAUUGUUGGGGCGCUUUUGGAAUGUCUGGCAGAGUAUACUAUUGAUAUGAGGGGCGAUAUUGGCGCGUGGGUCAGGGAAGCCAGUAUGACUGGAUUGCUAUCUAUCUGCCGCCAAUGCGCCGUAGAAGCUCCUCACUUGAACUCGCCAGAGAUCAUAAAGAACAUAAUGUGCGGAAUAGCUCAGCAAGCUGUUGAGAAAAUCGACAGGACUAGGGCUCAUGCCGGGAGGAUCUUUACUUCUUUAAUUUAUAAUGACCCAAUCAUCACAAACAUUCCGCAACACGACGCACUCAAGCGCAUAUUCCCCUCCGAGGAGGUCGAACUGAAACCGAAAGAGCCCGAAGAUGAAGCCGAACAAGCCACGAGCGAGAACUCCAAUGUAGUACUGUGGUUGUUCCCCGGACAUACUAUGCCGAGAUUCGUACAGCUUCUGACAUACGAUGAGUAUAGGUAUAACGUCAUCAAAGGCCUGAUCGUGAGUGGAGGGGAGUUGACUGAAAGCUUGGUAAAACACACGACGCAAUCUCUCUACGCAUAUCUAAAUACUCUACAUGACAACAAAGCUAUGUUGAAAUCAAUCUGUGAUACUAUCAUCAAAGUGUUUGCUGACAAUUUGCACGUGAAGAGAAUCACUGGACCUAUAUUUAAUUUCUUAGAUAGGCUGCUAAGUUCAGGUUCAAUAGGCCCUAUAUUAGAAGACCCAGAGUCGACUUUCGCAAUGGACGUGUUAAAAUACUUGCAAUUAGAACUUAGGGGUGGAAAGAAUAUCUACAAACUGUUGGAUUCCAUCAACGUUCUGUGUCAACUUAUUCAGGUGGGCGGUUCCGUCAGCAGCAAGUCGCUCGGUCAGCUAGUGAUCUACCUGUGCUACGCGGACCGCUACGUGCGGCGCUGCGCUGCCGCGCGUCUCUACGAGGCGCUGACGCUCUACGGCGACGUGUGUUCCGCACCCGCUGACAACAUCGAUCAGAUAAUGUCCAUACUCGCGGAAACGGAUUGGGAAAAGGACGUAGCUGAACUGAGGCCGAUUAGAAACGACCUUUGCGAUCUGAUGAACAUCAAAAGGCCAGUAAUGAAACAGAAGACUCCAUCGUAAUCGAAAAUGUAUUACCAUACGGCUUUAACCUUCCCGCAAGACGUCUAAUCGACGUUUUAGUUGCUGCUUAGUGCCUUAUUGAAAUUAUUUUUUUAUGUGUAACGCACAGAAUAUUAGAGCAUUUUAAUACUCGUAAUAACGCCGUAACGUGAAACGAAUCUCUAGAAUCGUGUGAAUGCGUCCAGUCAAGGCUGGAGCCUUGUAU